GAAAAUGACAUUUCUGCGUGGGAUCUGUGGCCUUAAAGGAAACCCUUGGCGGCACAUGGAGUGAUUUGACCUUUUUCUCCAGGGCUUUUUCCCUGGCCUUAACGGGUGCCUUCUUCUGCCUGAUGACCUUAGUCCUCAGGGAUACGAUGGAGCUCCUAGAGGAAGAUCUCACCUGUCCCAUUUGCUGCAGCCUGUUUGAUGACCCUCGCGUCCUGCCCUGUUCACACAACUUCUGCAGAAAGUGCCUGGAAGGAAUACUCGAGGGAAACGUGCGGAACGUGCUGUGGAGGCCGUCCCCUUUCAAGUGCCCCACGUGCCGGAAGGAAACUCCCGUGACGGGAGUCAACAGCUUACAGGUCAACUAUUCCCUGAAAGGCAUCGUGGAGAAGUACAACAAAAUCAAAGUCACUCCCAAAAUGCCCGUGUGCAAAGUGCACAGCGGGCAGCCCCUCAACAUUUUUUGCCGGACGGACAUGCAGCUGAUCUGCGGGGUUUGCGCCACCCGCGGCGACCAUACGAAGCACGUGUUCUGUUCCAUCGAGGAAGCUUACUCCCAGGAGAAGCGGGCUUUUGAAACCCUCUUCCAGGGCUUUGAGACGUGGCGUUGCGGGGACGCGCUCUCCCGCCUGGAUACUUUAGAAACCAGUAAGCGCAAAGCCCUGCAGAUGCUGACCAAAGAUUCCGACAAGGUGAAGGAGUUCUUCGAGAAGCUGCAGCACACGCUGGAGCAGAAGCGGAACGAGAUUCUCUCCGACUUUGAGACCAUGAAGCUCGCGGUGAUGCAGGCCUAUGACCCGGAGAUCAACAAACUGAACACCAUCCUGCAGGAGCAGCGGAUGGCUUUCAACAUCGCGGAGGCCUUCAAGGACGUGUCCGAGCCCAUUAUUUUUCUGCAGCAGAUGCAGGAGUUCAGGGAAAAAAUCAAGGUGCUCAAGGAAACCCCGUUACCUUGUUCCAACGUGGACGUCAGCCCCACGAUGAAGAGCUUCGAUACCAGCCAGUGGAACGGGAUAAAACUGGUUGAUGUGGACAAAUUGUCCUUGCCUCAGGAAAACAACACCCUGAAACUGAAGAUCCCCUCGGUCUUUUCGCGCAGGUUUAUAGUAACCUCUCUUGUUUGCUUGCUGCUUCUUGCUGUCACCAGAAUGUCCUUCGUGGAGUCUGUCGUUGACAAUCUCCAGUGCUGGAAGUCUCAGUUCUUUACAAUUAGCUUAUCUUAUUUGGCAGAUACAGUGGAGAUAGCAGAUCAUGCCGUCUUUUACUGGGAACAGAUGACAGAUGGAGCUUCGCUUCUGAGGGAAAAGUGUAGAAACUAUACGUUGGUCGUACUGGAUAACGUUGCGCAGUUUGUGUGCAAAUAUAAACUGUUGUGAAGCCCCUUCUGAAAUGUAAGAAGUGAAAGAGAGCUGGUGAAGAAAACAUAAAGCUUUGUAAGAUUAAUUGUGCUUUCUGUUUUUAAAGACUUCCGAUGAAAACACUCAGAACGUUGUGAUUCAAAAUGUUCAGUCAUGAUUCAAAAUGUUUCAGUAAUGUUUGUGUAGUUGGAGCACUGCUGAACUGGGAGGUGAAGGGGAGCUUUGGAAAACACGUUGAUUCUGGAUUCCUGUUGCAGUGGUGAUGAGGGGAAUAUUCCUCGUUUUCAAUCAUUUUCCUUACCAAGACACAGGGCUGAGCUGUGUGCUCAGUGCGAUGGUAAUGUAUUUGUAGAAUCAGACUGUGUACGCUUUGAU